AUAUUGAUGUUGGCAUCGAGGUUUCCCCACCUCUAAUUGUCGCUUUCGCCGAAACUUAAAGGCUGAGUGGAUUUCUGUAAAUAAGUGCAUUUUCUGAAGAUGAUUUCGGUAACUUGUGUGGCCCCUGUGAAUAUAGCUCUAAUAAAAUAUUGGGGAAAGCGUCACGAAGAACUAAUACUGCCCAUUAAUGACUCUAUUAGCAUGACUCUUAGCACUGAUGAGUUGUGCGCCAAGACCACAGUUACCGCUUCGGAAACCUUCGAGAGGAAUCGAAUGUGGUUAAAUGGAGAGGAGGUCCCCUUCGAGGAGGGUUCACGUCUGACCCGCUGCUUAAAAGAAGUUCAUCGACUGGCCCUGAUCAAUGGCUCCCAGAAAGUGUCGCCAUCGUGGAAAGUGCACAUAGCAUCGGUUAACAACUUUCCCACCGCCGCUGGACUGGCAUCCAGUGCAGCUGGCUAUGCCUGCCUCGUGUACUCGCUGGCCCGUCUGUACGACAUCCCGCUGGACGAGGAGCUGACCACGGUGGCCCGGCAGGGCAGUGGAUCGGCAUGUCGCAGCCUAUAUGGCGGAUUUGUCCAGUGGCACCGUGGCGAGCUCACCAAUGGCAGUGAUUCGGUGGCCAAACCAAUUGCGUCGUCAAAGCACUGGCCCAACAUGCAUGUACUCAUUUUGGUCGUCAAUGAUGAACGGAAAAAGACUGCCUCGACCAAGGGAAUGCAACAAAGUGUGAACACGUCGCAACUAAUCCGGCACCGGGCGGAUAAAGUCGUUCCGGAGAGGAUUGCGCAAUUGACGGAAGCAAUUGAAAGUCGCGACUUUCAAACAUUUGCAGAGAUCACAAUGAAGGACUCAAAUCAGUUUCAUGCCAUCGCACUGGACACUUAUCCGCCAUGCGUGUAUAUGAACGAUGUGUCCCACAAGAUUGCAUCUUUUGUACACGAAUACAACGAGAUAAUGGGAAGUUUGCAUGCUGCUUACACUUUUGAUGCUGGACCAAAUGCUUGUCUAUACGUUCUGGAGGAAAAUGUUCCCGAACUGUUGAAUGCCGUUCAAAGGGUGUUCCCAAGUGAUUCUGACGACAGUGCAACGUACUUACGAGGUCUUUCCGUCCCAAAAGCUGACAAUAUUCAUCGUAUUGGGGAUGCUGCGAAAACUAAAAUCGAUUCAUUAGAUGUUAGUGCAAGAAACGCUUUUAGAUAUAUAAUUCACACAAAAGUCGGUGAAGGACCAAGAGAAUUAAACGAUGAGAAUAGUUUACUGAUUAAUGGCUUGCCAUUGGACAACUGAUGGUAAUUUUAAAACACACUCUUUUCCGAAACUUCAAUUUCCAUUUAAAAUGCUAAACAAUUAUUUUGAAAUCACAUAUUUUUAAUAAAUUUAAUUAUGAUAUCAGGUGCUAAAUUAUAGA